UAAAAAAAAAAAAAAAAGCUCAUUCGGAAUACAAAAAUUCAAAAAAAUCAUUCACAAUGAAAGUAGCACUGAGCAGAGCGAAGCGAAAGCUCGAGACAAAACCAGCAACGCUCAUCAAGAAGAAGCUCCGCUCGGAGCUACCUCGCCGGAGACGAUCACAGAUCUCUCCGAUUCUAUAUUCGUCUCUGAAUUUAGCUCUUCCUUGUAAGAAUUCUGGUUUCUCUGCUUUUCCGGUGGACUCUAGCUCUUUCUCCUACUUCAGCAGCGAAGUUUCAUGCGAUUCGAGCAGAGUCUCCGUUGGAUCGGAGAACAAGCCGAGUUCGAAAUUGAGGAAGAGAAAUCUCGGUGAGAUUGAAGGCUCUGGAGCUGUGGUUAAGGCCAAUGCACCGGUUCGUAGAGUUACCAGAUCGUAUUACAGAAGGAAGGAAAAUGAAGGUAAAGUCGGUGAAGCGGAGGUGUCUGAGUCGUCGUGUGUGGAAUCGAAUUCUGAAGUUGAUGCUGGAGUUUUUGUGGAGAGAAGCUCCAAGUUGAAGAGCAGAAGUGGAAAACUAAAUGAAAUUAAGGAAGAGAUUGAAGCAAAAGAAGGCUCCGAAGUGGUUUCGAAAUCGGAGAUUUCUUGUAUUGAGCAAGUUUCCGAUGGAAUUUUGAAUUUCAGUGACGGAAAUGUAAAAGCAGAUUCCGAGUUCAAUGAAAAUGAGGCCGUUUCGGUUGCUUCUGCUGCUAAGUUAGCUGAGGAAGCAACUGAACAAGUUGAGAACAGAGCAUCAGAAUUUGAAUUUUCUGAGAUUUCAGGAAAUUUCUUCGACGCGAAUAUUACGGUUCCGAACUCUGAGUCCACGAUUGAUCAAAAGCAAAAGAGCUUCGAAUUCGACUCCGAUCUCGCUUGUACGGAGCAAUUCUCAUACGAAGACGUCUCCGAGUACUCGUCUAGCUUCCAAUCGGAAAAUUUCCUGGAAAGUUCUGACCUAGAGUUCUCGGAUUACACUCCAUCUAUUUUCUUCGAAACUGGAAGCGAAUUUUCGGAGCGCUCGGAGGGAGAUUCAACUCCUUCGCGUACUUUCUCUCUGCUCCUUCAGUACAGAGAGGAUUUCUCGCGCUCAACUACUCCUCUUGACACCAAAAUUUCUUCACGCCUCGAAAACGAAAAUCAUCAUCAAUCUACUUCCGUGAGGAGGUUCGAAGAUGAGGUGGACGAAGAGAGCUACGUGGCAUUGAGAAACAGAGAAAGAAGGCAAUUGUUUCCAUACAACUACGCCGAGGAGUAUUGCUCCACCACAGACUACGGCGAUCUCGUUCUUCAGCUACGAUCACAAAUGGUCCACUGGAUCGUUGAGCAAAGUACUGAAAAGGAGCUUCACCAGGAGACGAUGUUCCUAGGAGUUACCCUCCUUGACCGAUUCCUAAGCAAAGGUUUCUUCAGAGACAAAAGACACCUUCAAAUUGUUGGAAUAGCCUGUCUUACAUUAGCCACUAGGAUUGAAGAGAAACAGCCCCACAACAGCGUUCAGGAAAAGUAUUUCUUCAUGGGAAGCAAUGUGUACAGCAGAUUCGAAGUUGUGGCCAUGGAAUGGCUGAUUCAAGAGAUCCUCAACUUCCAGUGUUUCUUGCCCACCGUUCACAACUUCUUGUGGUUCUACCUGAAAGCUGCUAAAGCUGAUGCAGAUUUAGAGAAGAGGGCCAAGUACCUGGCAGUACUAGUUCUUUCAGUCCAAGAGCAACUAUGCUACUGGCCCUCAACAAUUGCAGCAGCUCUUGUCAUAUUGGCUUGUCUAGAUAGCAGACAAUAUGCAUUCCAAAGAGUACUUGAGACUCACAUCAGGACAAAAGAUCACGAUUUACAUGAAUGCAUAGAGAACCUCGAGUGGUUGUUAAGGUACAUAUGAUGGCAUGCUAGCAGGGAAGGGACAGUAACAUCAAACAUUGUUGAAAUUUUCUUCACCCAUCCCAAAGGCAUGGGUGAAAAUGUAGCUCAAGGUGAUCUUCUUUCUAAUACCUGAUUAAUAAGACAAAAACCUGAUUCUUUUUUCAAUGUAAACACAUACUGGCUGCUUGUUUUACACUUCCCAUAAAAGUAAAAAUUCUAGCUGUACGUUCUUUCAGUAAGCCCUAAACAUUCAAACUUGUUCAUCCGUUCCUAUGCAAGCAAUGAGAG